AUGGGAGCAGUCAGUCGUCGAGAUUUUUCGAUUCUUUUCGAAAAACUACCAAAAGCUUCGAUCCUUCUGCGUGAUUCAUGGGCCUACGAGGAGGCUGUGUUUGUUGGGAAUCUUCUUUACCGCAUGAAAAGCCCUGCCGCUGUAGUCCAAGCAAUAAAUGAGGAAGAUGUUCGAGUAACAGUGGAGUUUGCGAAGGCACAUAACUUGCCGCUGUCUGUGAAAAGCGGAGGGCAUUCAAACGCUGCUUACUGUCUGAACCAGGAUGGCAUCGUUCUAGACAUGCGGUCCAUGAACAAGGUCAAGGUUGACAAGGAUGCUAUGGAGAUUACGAUAGGGGGCGGGGCACAGUGGAAACACGUCUACCAUGAGUUAUAUAACAAGGAUCCGAGUCUCAUCGUGGUCGGCGGCCAAUGUCCAACUGUAGGAGCCAGCGCAUUUACCAUGGGCGGUGGUCUCAGCCCUUUCUCUCGCUGUUAUGGACUGGGUAUUGAUAAUCUAGUGGAGGUGACACUUAUCACGGCGAACGGGGUGUCAGUGACCGUCACGAAUAAUGAAGAUAACCCUGACAAAUCCAAACUAUUUUGGGCCCUUCGCGGUGGUGGGGGUGGUAAUUUCGGCAUUGUAACCAAGCUCAAAACCAAACUGCAUCACCUACGAGAACCCGACGGCACUGUAGUGUGUGGAAAUCUUAGCUGGGAGAUUCCGGUGGAAGAGGAGUCUUUUAAUAAAAUGAUGGAUGUCUGGAAUAAAGGUCAUUGGCCGGAAGAAGUAUGUGCCGAUGCUGUUUGGCGCUACAAACAGAACCAGCUUUAUGCGGAAAUGACUAUCAUUUACAAUGGCCGGAAGGAAGCAUGCGAUAGAGACCUUGCUCCAAUACUGAAGUAUGUUGAAAACAAAAACAACACCUUGAAACCAAUGAAAUGGUGGAAUUGGGUAGUCGAGGAUAUAGCGUUUAGUGUGCGAUCAAAACUAUAUCAUCACCACGCGUCAUUCAUUUUCCCGGAACAUGGGAUCACGUCUGAUGUGACCAGUCUCAUGACGAAAUGGAUGCAGCGCGUGAGAAAUUAUGAGCCAAAUCACGAAAAAUGCACUAGCCACAUUCUCUGGGAUCAUAUUGGCGGCGCCACGACCAAUUUCGAAACAGGAGCGACAGCGUUCCCUUGGAGGGAUGGAGCCUAUGUCUGCUCAGGGAAAGCAGGGUACAUCAAUUAUAUUGACAAUAAGCUGGAAAACUGGCAAGAGGCAUAUUACGGCGCAAAUUAUCAAAAGCUCCGGUGCAUCAAGUCCCACUGGGAUCCAACUAAUUUCUUCCACUUUGACCAAAGCAUCGAGCCUGUGGAUUAUUGCCACUCUCAGCCUGACUGGGAGUCGUGGGAGAAGUAUGCCGUGCCGACACCGACCCUACUCGGUGAUGCCGAGGCAGCGGACGACAUUUAUGCGGCGAAUGCACGUAUUCGGUCCGAUAUGCUGAGCCACCAAUAA